AUGCUCGAAGACCAUGAAGAAGACGAUGACGUUCCUUGCAUAAUAUCGGAUAUUUCUCUGAAUCCAGAAGACCCCCAGCUGACCAGUGGUCAGAAGACAUGCGCUAUUCAGACUAACGAGUCGGGAAAACUCUCAUUGGAAAAAUCCGUGACUGGAAAUCGACUUGGAGACGAGGAACUCAACGUAAGAAUGUACAUCACCGCUUAA